GCGUUGGUAAAAAGCAAAAAGCAUUUUCCACAACGGAAUUGGAUCUCUCCGAGUCAGCCCUCCGAUGCCCCAAGAACCAGAGAGAAAGAACAAAUUUAGCUGAGGGAAAGAACACGGUUCUUCAAUCCUCAGUCACUGACCAUCUUUCUCUGAAUUAUUUGAAGCCUCAUCAGCUUCAGCUGGUAAGAACCCAGUAUUUUUUUUUUUUCGAUUUUUUGUUAAUUUUGGUUAGGAACCGAUUAAGAUCAUGUAUUAUUAGCAAACCCAGAUAAUGUUUUGUCUCUGUAGAAUCUGUUGUGAUGGUUCUUGAUGAUUUGGGGUUGCCUGUGUGUCCUGGAAGAAGGAGGAGGAGGAGGAGAAGAAGAAAUGUAAAGCAGACAACCUCAAAAAUUUUAGAUAAGGCUGAGCUGUCUGAGAUCCAGGAAUGCCCAAGUUACGUGUAAAAAAAGGUUUCACCUUUGUCUGGUUUUCAUGUGAUCUUGUUGUGUUAGUUUUCUUUUUCCUAGGUUGUUUCUCAUGAACCCUUUUGCUUUCUCUUGUUGGAUUUAUAGAAAAAGGUGAGAUUGCAGUGGUUUUCAUGUGCUUAUGUGUAUAUCUAAAGGUUGGUGGUUAGGAUAGGGUUUUGGUUUUAUGUGGCUGAUUUUGUGCCAGAAGGAAGAGUUUGGUGAGCUAAGAACCCUAUAUAAGAACUCGAUUCACCAGUUAAAUCAUAAAGUUUUAGUCACUUGGAGAGGUUAUAGAUCCAUUGUUUCCCACGAGAUCUGAUUACCCCAUUGUAUUCUGCUCAUUUGAGAGAAUUGGUGGGUGGAUCAGUAGUAUAAUUUGCGGAAGUGGGGAUAUUGACCGAAUUAAGAACUUACCUCCGGAUCGUUGCUAGAAAUUUACCCCGGUUGAUUGAAGGUAAAUGUCAAAUGUUACAAAGAUAAGGAGAUUGAUGGAAGACAUGUCUCCAGCAGUUGCAGUGACUCUUAGUUUAGGUAAUGCUAUAUGUGAUAGUGCCGGAAUUGGAGCCAAUGUGGAGUUCACAUGGCUAAAGCUUGUAACAGACUCGGGAAACUUGUCUUCAGAUUCCUCUAAGGUGGUUCCUUUAGAGUCAGUCGCUUGCAGUAAAGGAAGUUCCGAUGAUAUUGAAAGCAAAGUUAGUGUGGUUCUGCCAUCACGAGACGAUGAUGGUGGAAACACUUCUGUUGCUAAUAAUGUCAUGGUUCAAGAAAGUGAGGAAGUGCAAAUCUUAGCCUCUAGAUAUGAUACUAAUGGAAUUGUUAGUGAGGAAUUGCUGAAGUUAGAGAUGGGGUCUGCGAUAAGCUUGCCAGAUGAUGUGGAGAUUGGAAAAAUUAGUGAAGGGAAGAUUGUUGCAAAAGCUAUUGUCUUUGUAGAAUCGGCUGUUGGGAAAAUGGCUUCUGGGGUUGUUGCAGCAGUAAGCCCUGCUUCUGAGUUAUCAGAUAAAUCUGAAUUAUCAACCUCUAUGGUACUUAUCCAUGCAAAUAGUGAGAAGAUUGUCGGUAAAGCAGGCAACCGGAGUGUUUUUGAGCUCAAUUGUAUUCCCCUCUGGGGUUCUGUAUCAAUUUGUGGAAGACGACCAGAAAUGGAAGAUGCAUUUGCUGCUGUUCCUUGUUGUAUCAAUAUUCCAAUCAAAAUGCUUGUCGGUAAUCAAGUGUAUAAUGGAAUGAGCCAAAGUUUGAGCCACCUAACCAGUCACUUUUUUGGCAUUUAUGAUGGCCACGGCGGCCCUCAGGUUGCUAACUUUUGUAGUGAGCGGCUCCAUUUGGCUUUGGCCGAAGAGCUUGGAGUCAUUAAGGACGACUCUGGUGAUGGGAUUACGGAAGAAACUCAGCAGUUGCAUUGGGAGAAAGCAUUCACUAAUUGUUUUCAAAGGGUUGAUGAUGAGAUUGGAGGAAAAGUAAGCAGAGGCAUCAUUGAAAGCAAUGCAGAUGCUUCUGAAGUUAGUUUUGAGCCUAUUGCCCCGGAAACUGUUGGGUCUACAGCUGUGGUUGCAUUAGUUUCGUCAUCCCAUAUUAUAGUUGCAAAUUGUGGUGAUUCAAGAGCAGUUCUAUGUCGUGGCAAACGAGCGAUACCAUUAUCAGUCGAUCAUAAACCAAACAGAGAAGACGAAUAUGAAAGGAUUGAGGCAUCUGGUGGCAAGGUAAUACAGUGGAAUGGGCACCGUGUUUUUGGAGUUCUUGCAAUGUCAAGGUCCAUUGGGGAUAGAUAUUUGAAACCGUGGAUAAUUCCAGAACCAGAAGUCAUGGUUGUCCCUCGAGCUAGAGAUGACGAAUGCCUUAUUUUAGCUAGUGAUGGUCUAUGGGAUGUUAUGACGAAUGAGGAAGCUUGUGAAGUGGCUCGAAAACGCAUUCUGCUAUGGCACAAAAAGAACGGGGCUACACCUCUUGCGGAAAGGGGAACAGGAGUUGAUCCUGCAGCUGGGGUAGCUGCUGCCUACCUUUCAACCCUUGCCCUCCAGAAGGGAAGCAAGGACAACAUCUCUGUGGUUGUGGUGGACUUGAAAGCUCAAAGGAAGUUCAAGAGCAAAUCCUAAAAUUUGGAGGGGAACUAUUCACCUGCAUCGGAUGGUUUUGGCUGUCUCCUUACUAUCUGAAAAGUAUUUAAAGAGCGUGGUUCGUUCAUUUUCUCGUCGGCUCAAUGUGUCUACAAGCAUAAAAAUCUGUGUUUACUAUGUACUGUAGAAACUGUAAUGCAAUGCCAUGUGUUUUUUCUUGUUUGUGCCGGAGUUCUAGAUACCGAUUGUAUGAAAAUGAGGUUACUUCGGCUUUAGAUGGAGAGCCACUCGUAACUCGUUUGUAUUUUGUGUACGGUUUCGGAUUUCUCUGUUCUGUGGCCUCUGCCCUUUCUUUUAGGGUAAUCCAAUUUUGGACCUAUA